AUGUCGCAGGAACAACUGGACGCCCUAACUUGGGAAGACUUUAAGGAGGAACUCUAUGAUAAGUAUAUCCCGAGGAGUUACCGCAAGGCUAAGGAGGCCGAGUUCUACAACCUAAAACAGGGGCGGAUGACCGUGACGGAAUAUGACCGUGCCCUAUGUGAUAUGUCUCGAUAUGCAACGGAACAGGAAGCGAUGCCACGGGAAAAGACAGUUACACCCACACCGCCGACCCCACAGCAGAAUUUUCGAGAUAAGAGGAAGUGGGACGGGAACCGCGAACCCUUUGACAACAAGAGGUUCCAGGGUGCUCCAAACUAUGCUCGGGGAAAAGGAAAGCAAGCUGCUCCAUACCAAAGUGGAGAUUUCCGUCAGCGAGCACCUCCCUGCGCCAAGUGCCAGAAGAACCACAUGGGGGAGUGCAGAGUCGGAAAAAACGUGUGCUACAAGUGUGGUGGAGUUGGACACUUCGCCAAAGAGUGCUCGAGCAACAAUAACACUGGAGUUGGGGGAACACCGAAUGGGCCUCGAGGGAAUCCCACACCACCUCAGCAGCCGCAGCAACGUCGCCAACCAUAUCCCACUCAAGCUUCCUUGGGACGCAAGCAAGCUAAAGCCCCAUAG